AUGGCGUCAGUUGUCCACGGGCAGUUCAAAUCACAUGUCGUCGGGCGGCAGUACUACACAGGGCUGACAUCGGUCUGCGAAUGCAUCGAGCUGAGGCGCGAGCCCAGCAACACCCAUGAUGCCAACGCUAUCGGCGUCUAUAAUAGCAGCUUUGAGAAGACCGGGCACCUGCCACGCUGGCUAGCAGAGAUCCUGGCACCAUGCAUCGACACUCUUGUUUGCACGGUGAAUGGCACAGUUGCAGGAGUCGGGAAUGCGUACACAACACCAGUCCAUUUAUCCAUUGCCGCCCCAGUGCGUAUGGCUGAGCAGCUCCGUGCCCACCUGGGCUCGUACUGGUACCUGUGGCAGAUGGAUGUUCGAUCUAGCACCGGUCGUCCUGACACUCCCCUCAGCAUGUCUCUGCAUGAUGACGCAAUGCAAGCCAUUGCUGACCAGAUCAGUAGGUCCAGUGGCAAAGACUAUAGAGAGCCUCCCUGCCAAUAUGGUCAAGAAUAA